CUACAGUAUCCUUGCUACACCAGAUUUCCUCUCCUUCCUUUCUGUCGACCCAGGACAUCAAGAAAGCUAAAGUGAACUAAGCAUGACAUGGUCAAAUUAAACGUCGCAAUAGAUGAAUCCGCCCUCCUCCAGGCGUACAAGAUAUCCUCUCUCAGCCCCAAGAAAUGGGAAGAAGUCGACUAUGAUCUCGAAGAAGGACUCGCCGACGCGAUGAACAGCUCCAGCGGGGAGGGAAGGGGUGACGCGCUCGGCCUUGGAGCUGUCGUCGACUACAACGGCAUGGACGCAGAGACAAAGGCGUCCAUCGUCAUCUCGUCCAAGUCCUUCGACCCCAAGGCAUUCCUCUCCGUUGUCCAUCCAAAUGCAACUUAUCAGGACCUCUCUGCUGGAAUAUCGAACCUGGAUUCGUCACUCAAUGCGCGGUCCGAGCAGGUGCGCGUUCUCGUGGAGGACAACUUUGAUAGGUUCGUGGCAGUCAAGGCGUCUACGGAUGCUCUGUACGACGAGAUGCGCACCGGGCUUCUAUCCGACAAGAGCGAGCACGCGUCCAAGCCCCUGGUGGACCUUCUGAAACGCGCUGCUGUCAAGGCUGACCAGGUCUUCCUCCCCGUCCUCGAGAACGCGUCCAAGGCGCAGAAGCUCCGUACGACCCUCGGCGUGUUCGAGCGCUCCAAAUUCUUCUUCGGCCUCCCCGGCUACCUCGUCGAGUCCAUCGAAGCAGGCCGCUUCGAAGCCGCCCUGCGGGACUACAACAAGGGCAAGUUCCUCAUGGAGUCACGCCCGGGCCAGAUCCUGCCCGUGGGGAACACGAAAGACGGCAAGCUGCUCCCGCAGCAGCGGCGCAUCCUCGACAAGGCGUGGGCCAACGUCGAGCGCGUCAUGGGCGAGAUGCGCAGGCUGCUGCUCGCGCGGCUCGAGGAGCCCCGGCGGACGGUCGAGGAGCAGGAGAAGACGAUCGAGAUACUGCUGGAGCUGGGCGGACAGGAAGACCCCGUGUGGACGUACUUUGACAGCCAGCACAAGUACAUUAUGGGUGAGAUGAAGAAGGCGUUCAAGACGACGUCGCAGAAGAUCAAGGUCGCACGCCAGAAGUCAGCUUACUCAACGACCGGCCUCGACUCAGUGAACAAGGUCCUUGCAUCUCAGCUCCAGGUGUGCAUCGCCGCUCUGGAUGGAAAUAAGCAGGCGUCGGAAAGCAUCAUCGGCCAGACGGGCGAACACGAGGUAUGGGAGGCGAUCUGGGAGAUGAUCAAGGGCGUCUCAGAGACAAUGAUGUCCUCGCUGCCCAACUUCUGGCGGAUCUCCAAGGACUUUCUGAACGGCAAGUUCAAGCGCACCUCCACAUCACGCCGGAGCCCCUCCCAGUGCCGCCAAAUGGCAGUCGACAUCGUGCAGCUCUACGCCUCGCUCCUCUCCGAGUUCUUCGCACUCUCCGACUUCGUCGUCAUGUCCUCCUCUGCCACCGCCUCGUCUAACGGCGACCGCAGCGCGACGUUCCCGCCGCUGUUCCCGACGCACGCGAACUCGGUCUCGACGGCGCAUUUUCUGAGCAAGCUGCUCGGCGAGAUCCAGGAGUGCGUGAACGACGUGACGGGCAUGGAGAUCGGCGGGGAGGCGAGCUCGGGGAUGAAGAAUCUGCUGGAGAGCGCGCGGUGGAAGUUUGUGGAGAUUCUGACGGACGGGUGGUUGCGCGACUCGAACCUCUUCUUCUUCGUCGAAACAUGGACCCCGUCCUCGUCCUCCCCAUCCACGACGCAGUACCUCUUCCACUUCGAGCUCUACCAGCGGUACAUCGCCACCGCGGCCUUCAAGCUCGCCGGCGCAGUCGACCUCAGCUCCUCCGGCGGGAGCGUCUCCAGCUCCGGCUCCAACUCCGGCUUCGGCUACUCGAGCGUGCUGCGCAGCGCGAAGAAGGCGUCGAUCCCGCAGGCGUUCGCGGGGCGGAUCACGAAGGCGUUCUACGACUCGCUGUACGCAUUUUUGGACGGGCUCGUGUUUUUGGCGUCGGAUCAGAGUCCGGUGGCGCGGGAGAGGGCGGAGAAGAAGGGGAGCGAGGCGGCGAGGGGUGUUGCUGCCGGGAGGGAUUCUACGGGCGGGUUUGGGAGGCCGGUGGGCGGUGGGGUUGGUGCGUUCGGGAGUGGUGCUGGGGGUGCUGGUGGCAGUGGUGGGGGGAUGGCGGGGGAUGAUCGGGAUCUGGGGGAUUCGGAUACGAGGCUGCUCAUUGUCACGUCGAAUUUUGCGUACCUGCAGGCGACACUUCUGCCCGGCAUGCUGACGCAGUUCGAGGACGCGCUUGGUCAGUCGACCAACAGCGAUCGGCAGACGCUACUCAAAGUCGUGAAAGAGCUCGACCAAACGCUCUUCGAGGGCUACACCAAGCCCAAGAGCGCACGCGCGACCUCCAUCCUGCGCGAAGGCAUCGUCGGCGGCGGCAUGGACUGGUACAACACGCCGCAGCCCUCAGAAAUCCGCUCAUACAUGUACGACGCGCUCUUCUUCCUCGUCGAGGUGCACGCACAGGUCUCGCGCACGGGCGACACGCCCCUGCUCGAGCGCGUGCUGCACACGCUCGUCGAGGACGUGGCGUCGCAGGCGCUCGCGUCGUUCAAGCAGGUGAAGAAGUUCGGCAUGGGCGGCAUGCUCCGCGCGACGCUCGAGAUCGAGUUCCUGCACCAGACGCUGGCAAGACACGUGUCCCCGCAGGCGGCGGACACGCUCUCGCAGCUGUAUACCCAGAUCUCGCACGCGUACGCGAAGCGCCCCGGGGACGAGAGUCUGCAGGCGAGCCUCGAUAGAGUGAAGAAGACGCUGUCGGAGAGCAGGCGCGCGACGCAUGUCGAUUUUAUGUGUUUCCGCCAGCCGAGGGAUAAAGCGUCCGCGUCGUCGGGGUCGGUGGGGCCGGGUACGCCGGCGAAGGAGAAGCGGACGAGGGAGCGCGGGGAGAGGGACAAGGACAGGGACCGCGAGCGCAGUCGGCGGGAUGGAGUGAGUACGCCUGCUCGGGAGCGGCCCCCGCGCGCUGUUCGACCAGAUGUCUCAGGCUAGCAGCGUUCGUCAUUUUCCAUUUUACAACAUAGUCUUCUUAGGCAGCGGGUGGACAACAAAGGGACGAAACCGAUGGAUAAGGGUGUGAUUGGGUAUAUGCACCUCGCACACGUGUCGAUGCCAGCAUUAGUCCUGAACUAAGUAUCCACAGUAUGUAACUUUACACUCUAUUGAUGGAAGUUGAGAGGGCCUGCUUAUACGGCCUCUCUAUCAUAUGCAAAAUCAG